UAUACUCUUUGAACAAAACAACAUAACCUUACAAUUUUUGUUUAGUUUUAUUUUUAGAAAUCGUCUUAGCAAUUUAAAUGCUAUUAAAAUGUUUUCAUCGAAGAACCAUAGUAUUUUAAGCCAACUUGUUAGAUUUUCAUCUUCGAAUCCAGAAUUUGUAAACAGAAAUCCAAGGAAUCUGGAAAAACUCCGCAUAGCCCGUAAACCCGAUGGUUACCAUUUAGAAAAACCUGGACGUAAAUAUUGGCACAAGUUAGUAUUGACAAGGAGCAACAGGACAGUUACAGCACAAGUUAUUCACUUUGUGAAUGGGCCUGUUGUUGAAGCUAGGACCUCUGAAUGGGCCUUAAAGAAACAACUAUACAGCAUCACAGACACAUCUGCAUACUUCAAUUUAGGCAGAGUUUUUGCUCAAAGAUGUUUGGAAUCGGGCAUCAGUGAAAUGUAUUGUGAUAUAAAACCUGUCAAAGGAGGAAAAGUUGAAAAGUUUUUGAAUGAAGUAAUUCAUGGUGGUGUUAAACUGGAGGAGCCACAUGUGUACAAGAAACCUAAUCCUUGGGAUAUGCACAGACCAGAAAAACCAUGGGAAGUUGUCGAGGAAUAAAUAGACAUAAACCCAUUUCUGUUUAUUUUAGUUUUACAAUAAAUUCUAUGUAGUAAAAUAAAACCUUUUGACAUUAUUACCACAUAAGAAA